AUGUCUACUGUUCUUAAUGGUGAAGAUGAAGUUGAAGAUGAUGAGGAAGGACAUGUGCAAGCUAAGUUUGGGGGUGCCAACUCGAGCUCGAUCGAGUUGGGUGUAAAAACCAGAAAAGUGGUCUUUUGGAGCAUUCUGGAGCAUAUGGGACGUGAGGAGCAUGGAGGACUUGGCAUGGACGCAGCUCAACUGGAUACGCAAAGGAAGAAGGAGGAAGCCAUCUUGAAGACCAGCUCGACCGACCAACCGGUCGAGUUCCUCAACUCGACCGGCCAAGCUUCAACUCGAUCGAGCUGA